AGCGUAGUUUUUAAAGGGACCGCCGCGCAUAUCUCUCAGGCGAGACCAAGUUCAGACUACCAGAGGAGACAGAAUAAUGCAAUGGCCCAACAAAGAGUCCUCCCCCAGAGCAAAGAGACCCUCCUCCAGUCCUACAACAAGAGGCUGAAAGAUGAUAUCAAGUCAAUCAUGGAUAAUUUCACUGAGAUCAUAAAGACAGCUAAGAUUGAAGAUGAAACCCAGGUGUCCCGGGCAACUCAGGGUGAGCAGGACAAUUAUGAGAUGCAUGUGAGAGCUGCCAAUAUUGUCCGUGCUGGGGAGUCCCUGAUGAAGCUCGUGUCCGACCUCAAGCAGUUUCUCAUCCUCAAUGACUUUCCUUCGGUGAAUGAAGCCAUAGAUCAGCGAAACCAGCAGCUUCGGGGCUUGCAGGAUGAAUGUGACAAGAAGCUCAUUUCCCUGCGGGAUGAGAUUUCCAUUGACUUGUACGAGCUGGAGGAGGAGUAUUACUCGUCCAGCUACAGUCUUUGUGACACAAUUGAUCUGCCCCUGUGUGAAGCCUACUGGAGGCAGGACCUCACCUCAUUCUCCCCUGAUGGCCUCUCAGCACCUCUGCUAGUGUCUUCUGCAGAGCCUGGCACGGCCCCUGUGCAGGGGACCACUCCAGGGCUCCCUCACGUCAACGGGCCUGGCUCAGGUCCCACGGAGCAUGUCUGACCAGGAUCCGGUCCUGAUGAUGUAAAAGGUGCUUGCUGCUGACUCCAGCUACCACAGCCAACAGCUGCCCCGCUGCCCCUUGGGCACAGGGUGUCACUUUGGAAAGCAACAUGUUAGUAUUUCAGUCUAAGUCUUCCCUCCCCUUGUUCCACUCUCCUUCAGCCUCAGGGAUAGAGUCCAGAUACCCAGGCCAUCCAUUACACCACAUUUACUUUUCCUGGGCCUAACCUUUCUUUGGUGAAAGAUGCCUUGUUCCUGAAAUUAGAGUAAGACUAUAGGCAUUAUGGGAGGGGGUUGGGGAAUUUGUUGGGCAGAGCCAAACACUGAGUUGGGAAAACUGUAGGCUAUAUCCUCAGCUGUCCCAGGGGACUGCUAUUCAUGAAGUCUUCUUCCUCCACUCUGGCCCAUUUGAGGAUAAUAGAACUAGGAGGAAGACAGCUCUGGAUUUCAUCCUACACUCAAAAGAGAGAGUGUGUGUGUGUGUGUGUGUGUGUGUGUGUGUGUGUGUGUGUGAGUGUGAGAGAGAGAGAGAGAGAGAGAGAGACAGACAGACAGACAGACAGAAACAGAAAGAGAGAGAGAGAUGGGGGGAGGGAGCCAUAAAUGCUUGGAUUCAUAAGUAGAUCUAGAAAGAAUGUGAUAUUAACUUAAGCAGCGCACAUAGAGGCCAUGAUAAAAACUGGCAUUUGUGGGGCAGAUUUAGCUACUGUAAGUGAGCAAAACCCUACUUGGUGCAGCUUCAUCUCACAAGAGAAAUACUUGACAUAGAGUCACUUUUUCCUGGGAAGUUCUGUAUUAAAGAUUGAAAUACUGCUGUUCCCUGGAGCCCAGGGGGACAGAGGGACUAGAUUACACUGUAAUUUACCAUUUAUUUCCCACAGUGAUUCUCUUUAUUUUUGUAACUAGACUGUUGAAUAAAUAAAUCAUGAACCUUUG